AACGUGUUUCUGCCGUUGCGCAGGUACGGGUACCGCGACGCGGAGGGUCGGCCGGUGCAGACGGUCUACACGGCCGGCCCGCGCGGCUUCAGGGCCCGCGGCACGGACAUCGCCCGGAAGAUGGACCUGUCCCAGGCCGGCGGUCGCGGCCCCCGGCCCCCGCCCGACGGCCGCUACAGCCCCGAGUACGACAACUACUUCGACCCGCUCGAGGACCCCAGCUACUCGUUCGCGUUCAGGACGCCGACGUACGCGCGCAAGGAGGACGCCGACUCGCGCGGUGACGUCUCCGGCGUGUACAGCUACAUCGACGACGUGGGCGAGCGCCACGUCGUGCAGUACGAGGCCGGCGCCGAGAAGGGCUUCAACGUCAUCAACAGCUUCCCCGACAACGUGCCCGCGCCCGGCUACCACCUGGGCCCCGGGAACCCACCGCGCGGGCGCACCACCAUCGUGCAGAACAACGACGGGUCGUACAGGUUCGUGGCUGCAGGACCCGACUCGCGUCGCGAGGAGGUCAGUGACCAGGUCAACAACCGCCGCGGCUCGUACUCUUACAUCGACGACAAGGGCGUGCAGCAGACCGUGGAGUACAUCGCCGGGCCGGGUAUCGGCUACCGCAUCAUCAACAAGCACAAGGGCGUUGUGAUCCCGCCCACGUACGCCACCUCGUACCCACCCUUCUCCUCCUCACCCUUCCCCGUGUCACCCACCCUGCCCACGUUCACCCCCACGGCGGGCUUCCCCUCGUCCUCCUUCAGCCCCUUCCCCUCGCCGUUCCCCACCGCGUUCCCUUCGCCGUUCCCCGAGACGAUACCACCCUCCGCGUUCCCGCCGCCAUUCUCCUCCAUUUCGCCAUCCGUCUUCCCGUCGAGCACGGGCCGACCUGGGGGCAGCGGCUCCGGGCGACCAGGCUCCGGGCGUCCGGGUGGGUCUGGCCGUCCGGGUGGCUCCGGGUACUCCGGCUCCAGCAAACCUGGUGGCUCUGGGUAUCCGGGCUCCGGGUCCUCGACGACUGGGCGGCCCUCGGGGCGGCCCAACAACCAGUACAUCCCUCCGAGGCCACCGCCGACCAGCGCACCCUCCAUCCCGCCGCCCUUCGGAGACGUGGACGACCCCUUCUCCGAGCUCUUCCCCGGCGAGACGGGCACACCGCUCAGACCAGGCUCUGGCGCUGGGACCGGCUACGGAGGCUCCUCGUCGUCCGGAGGGUCCGGGUCGUCGUCUGGGGGAUCAUCGCCGUCCCCCGGGGGAGGUGGCAGCAGGCCCGGAUCCGUGCGCCCCGUGAAGAAGCCAAAGCCCUCUGUGUCCAUAGACACGGGCGAGGACGACGAUGAUUUCUUUCCCACGUUUCCUCAGCAGAGCGGUGGGUCCGGCUCGACAAGACCUUCCGUAACGACCUCUGGGUUCCCGACGACCACGACUAGCACGUCCACGAGCACUGCCUCCGGCGGUGGCGACGACGACAACACAAUCGACGGCCUGUUUGGGGACGGCGGUGACGUGAACAGCACGCCCAGACCGACGCAGCGACCACGACCCACAACGGGGACUUUCAGGCCGCCCUCCUCGUCCACGUCAUCCAGUGGCGGCGGCAGCAGCGGUGGAGCAGGCGGCAGUGGCGGUGGCGGUGAUGACUUCCUGGACCUCUUCCCUACAGCCGGGCCCGGGUCCUCCCCUUCGCCCGGGUCGCCAUCCUCGUCCCCAAGACCCACGAAGCGACCGCGUCCGCGUCCACGACCGAGGCCAACCUCGUCGCGCCCUACCACCGUGGACGACUUUGACUCGCUGUUCAACCCCACGCCCGUGUACACGGACCCGUCCGAUAUUCCGAGCGGCGGCUCCGGCUACGACUACAACCGGCCCAAGAAGCCCUUCAAGGGUAGCGGUGCGUCAGGGAACGGCGUCAUCUACCCGACCACCAUCAGGCCCGGCCGCCUGCCGACCCGCCCCACCGUGGGCGGCGGCGACGACUUCCUGUCCGAACUGGAAGGCGGAGGCGGAGUCUUCGGCGGCAGCGGCGGACAGUGGGCUGGGGGCCGGCCGGGCAGCUUCUGGCCCGCCGUCCCCUACGGCAACUGCUGCCCCGGGCCGCUCCGCCCGCAUCGCUACCGGGACGAGCGCGACGACGGCGGCGUGUACCCGGGCCGGCCGUUCCCGCAGGGCGCCGUUGUCCGCGCGCACGUGCAGUCCGUCGACCUGAUGCCGUUCGAGCCGCAGCACCGCGCCAUGGACCCCGGCGAGGCCCUGGAGCGCUUCAUCCGCCAGGAGCAGAGCCUGCGCGCGCACCGCCAGCGCAGCGUGGACCCCGCGGACGGCCACGGCGGCCCCGUGCACGCGCACGCCCAGCGCAGCGUGGACCCCGCCGAAGGACCAGCAGGUCCCGCGCCAGGCCAGCUCAAGGCCGACCCUGCCGCGCAGACCAACGGCACCACCACCACGGCCGCGGCCUCCAGCACCACGCCGGAGCCCGCCGCCGCCACGACGAUCACAUCGUGAAGGACUCGCCGCUGAGAGUGCCACGUUUAGUGAAACUGGAGGACGAUAAAAUUCUCUCAACGCUCGAAGCCGCGGGGGCCGCGUGUGGAGUGGGAAAAACCGUGAGAUAACGUGUAUGUGCGGGAAGCUCCUCGGAGCCCCCAGCAGCUAAUCAGCACGCGUUCAAGACACUGUCCCUAAUUUGCCGGGAGAUGAGUGAUGCUAGCGAGCGCUGCCUGUGGGACUGAUGACGUGCCUCUCUGUCCAUCACCCGGAUCCUGUCGGAUGUGGCCGCGGGUCGGAUCUGGUCGGGUCGGCACUAUUCUCUGUCAACCGACCACUUUGUUGACGUGCAAUUUCGCCUGCGACUGAAGCCUUCUUAUCGGCCUUGGACGGGGUCAUUAACAUGUCGUGUAACACAGGUCUUAAUCCAACAGACGAGGAGUAUACUCUAAAAACUACUGUCCUUGUUCUUUAUUUAAACGCUACUUACACAAACUGCUGCCUAACGUUAAUUAUUGUGAUAAGCCAUCGACCCUUUGUGCCUUGAAAACGAUCUGCAGAAGAGGAUAAUUCUUAGAGAGAAACGGAAACCAAAUACAAUUUUGUUUUCUCGCCAUAAUGGAAAAAAAUCGUACCUGCACUGUAAACAGAGCGAUAUAACCCAAGGUUAAACGGCAGACGUCGCCGUCGCUCUGGUUGUUUUCUCUCAUGUUUUAUUAUUUAUUUAACCGCUUGAUGCGACGAUGUGAUGUACGUUUGUAAUGUGACAAAAAAAGUUACCAUGAAUACGAUACUCAGAAUAACGUGAUGCGUGAUAAUCUCUAUAGCCUAGUAACGAAAAAACGAACAACUGCCCACUGCUAAGUUGUCCACGAAAUGUUACAAGCAGUGACAUUAAAUGAUAUUUUUACCAAGACAA